AUGGGUGGUUCGGGACAGAUUUUGAAAGCACAGCUAGCGCCCCUUCUGUCAAAGCUAUCCUCCCGCGAGCAGCACUUGGAGUUCAUCUUCCCCGACGGCCCCAUCGAGACCAAGUCCCCAGGCCCCGGCCUGUCCGCAAUGUUUGCCGACGCGGGCCCCUUCCACAGCUGGUUCACCUGGCCCGGCGACCAAGGCAACAGCUCCGCCUCCGAGUCCCCAGCCCUGCAGAAGCCGCCGACCACGGCCGACGUCGCCACGGUGCGCGACGCCAUCGAGGAGCUGUACGACCUCGCCGACCAGUACGGGCCUUUCGACGGCGUCUUUGGCUUCUCGCAGGGCGCCACGCUGGCUGCCGGCUGGCUGAUGCGGCACGAGCGGCGGUGGCAGGCGACGGGGCCGGUGCUGGACGUCAUGACGCCGUCACCCGAGCUGGCGCGUUUUGUGGUGCUGUUCAACGCCUACGGCAUCGGCAUCGCGGAGGUAGAGGAGGCCAUGAUGGAAGGCAGCGGAGGGGGGUCAUCCGACGAGGAGGACGAGGAUGAGACGAGGUCGGGGGCAAUUAGGCUGACCACGCCGUCGCUGCAUGUCUGUGGCAGGCGCGACAGCUUCCUCGCGGGAUCGAUGGCGCUCUUGGACGCCUGCGACCCGGGCACGGCCAGCUGUGUGAUGCACGAUGGCGGCCACGUCGUGCCAAGGGACCCGAGGACGGUGAACGAGAUAGCUCGGGCGAUUGAGGCGCUUAUGCAUCGGGCUGUCAUGUAG